GAUUUUCUUUGCCACCCCGCCAUGGCGGAAGCUGCGGCCUGCGACGCGGCCCUGCCGUUGUUGCAAGCGGCGUUGAGUGCGGCAGGUGGCUUGAUCCCGCGGGACUUCUCCGGACGUGUGUUGCUGAACAUCAACGAUGCCGCCGGCUUGAUCUUCAGUGUGCAGGGUGGAUCCGGCACUGCCACAGUGGAACGAUGGAGCGGCGGCGCGUCUCGGGUGGACACCACGAUUCGCUUCGAUUCGGUGAACUCCUUGCGAAAAGCCUUGCAGGACCAAAGCGCGGUGCCCGUGCUUUUGAUGCGUCGCAAACUCCGCUUGCAGGGCGACAUGUCUCUCAUGGCACAGCUGGGCAGCGGCGACGUGUCCGCCUCGUCGUCCAAUGCAGCGCUGGCGAAGGAGUUCACCCGAGAGUUGGACGCGGCCAUUGCCGCCUCCGGCAACGCCGCGCGCGGCGGCGCUGACAGCGUGGCCAGCCUCCGGCGGCGAUCGCUGGAGAGCGUGGUGAGUUUGGAGAGUUGC